AUGACGCUGCCUCUCCGCCGUGCAGGAAUGGCCUCCACCGGGAACCUCUCCGAAGAGCAGGUGCACUGCUCCAUCUGUCUGGACGUGUUCACCAACCCCGUGUCCAUCCCCUGCGGACACAACUUCUGCCAGUGCUGCAUCCUGGGAUACUGGAAAACCAGCCCGCUGUACCAGUGCCCCAUGUGCAAGAAGACCUUCUGCAAGAGGCCCGACAUCAGCAUCAACACGGUGCUGAGGGAGAUAGCCGAGCAGUUCAAGGAGAUCCGGGUCAGGAGCGAGGAGGAGGAGGAGGAGGAGGACGGUGAGAGGAAGUGGACGAUGGAGAGGAGGAAAAAGGAGGACGAGGAGUGGCUUUUGGAGAAAGAUCAGAAGAAGCAUCUUCUGGAGGAGCUGAAGCAGAAGCAAGAGGAGGAGGAGAGGAGGAGGAGAGAGAAAAGGCCUCCGGCGGAGGAGUUACCGCCUCUGAUCCCCCCCGGGUCGGCCCCCAAAGCCUCUCCUCCUCCAACGCCGCGAGCCGCGGCCCGGGAGCCGCCUCCCCCACCUUCACCUCAACUCGCCGCGUCUUCAUCUCCCCAAACCUCGCCGCCGCCUCCCUCCUGGGAGGAGGUCCUGUGUGACGUCUGCCUGGGGGGCGACGGCAGGCCGAAGGCGGUGAAGUCCUGCCUGGUGUGCCUCACCUCGUACUGCGAGGAGCACCUGAGGUCGCACGCCGCCAGGUUCACCAAGCACAAGCUGAUAGAGCCCGUGGCCAACAUGGAGGAGCGCAUGUGUCCCAAGCACGAGCGGCUGCUGGAGCUGUUCUGCAAGAAGGACCAGACGUGCGUGUGCGUGCUGUGCACGGAGACGGACCACCGGGCGCACUACACCGUGCCCGUGGAGAGGGAGUGGAUGGAGAAGAAGGCGCAGCUGAAGAGGACGGAGAUAGACGUCCAGCAGAUGAUCCGGGACCGAGUGAAAAAGGUGGAGGAGAUCAAACACUCGGUGGAGCAAAACAAAGCCAGCGCUCACAGGGAGGUGGAGGAGAGCACGCGGGUGGUGUCGGAGCUGGUGCGCUCCAUCCAGAAGACUCAGGCCCAGCUGGUUUUGGCCCUGGAGGAGAAGCAGCGGCAGACGGAGCGCUGGGCCGAGGGCCUCGUGGCCGAGCUGGAGCGCGAGGUCGCGGCGCUGAAGACGAGGAACGCCGACUUGGAGAACGUGGCUCGGACCGACCACAUCCACUUCCUGAAGAGAUUCCCGGCCCUUUGCACUCCCCCAUCUGUCAAAGACUGGUCUGAGACCAGCGUUCCCACUGACGUAUGUGUCGGCAUGAUCAGGAGGUCCAUGUCCAAACUGGACGCCACGCUUCACGAGAUGAUCGGCAAACUGGCCGAAAGCGAGAUCAAGAAGAUUCUGAAAUAUACAGUGGACGUCACUCUGGACCCGGACUCGGCCAACCCCUGGUUGCAGCUUUCCCAGGACCGGCACCAGGUGAGACACCUGGGCGCGUGGCAGGACCUCCCGGACCGCCCCGAGCGCUUCGACACGGUGGUCAUCGUCCUGGGACGCGACGGCUUCGCCUCGGGGAGACACUACUGGGAGGUCCAGGUCGGGGACAAGGACGACUGGUACAUGGGCGUGGCCAAUUCCAGCGUCAACAGAAAGGGGCGGAUCUCCGUGAGCACCGCGCAGGGCUACUGGGCUCUGGCCAUGAAGAAAGGCCAGGGCUACCGGGCGUCCACGUCCCCGCCCGUGCUCCUCCCCCUCGACCCCAAGCCCAAGCGAGUGGGCGUGUACGUGGACUACGAGGAGGGGCAAGUGUCCUUCUACGACGUGAAGGCCCUCACCCACAUCUACACCUUCAAGGACACGUUCACGGAGAAGAUCUUGCCCUUUUUCUACCUGUACUGCUGCGACAAGGCCUCCGACACCAUCGUGAUCUGCCCGGUGAAUGAGAAAAGUCCCAUCAAGCAAAGCUAA